AAUUGUGACUUCGUUUUUUUCGAGAUGAUGGUUUACGAUAAAGUUUUUGCUGUUACUGUAACAAUGAUUUUACGUAACAUUCGCGCUACGAAGAGGAGGAGUUAGUUUUUCCUUUCUCUUUUAAAAGGACCAACAAAUGCCGUAUCGGUCGUGAACUCUCUGAAUAGAGAACGAAACUGCUUACGCUGACAGUGCAAUUUUUAAGGUGUCGCGUUCACUGUCAAGAUUAAGAAAGACACGUCGACCCUAAAAUAUCGUGAAACUGGUGCUGGCGCACUGACUAAUUGAUAUACUGGAUAAUAUAUCUACAGGAAUUUUUAACGUACUGCGGAAUUUUUCGUUGUCUACAAGGAAAUCUGUAGAAGUUGCCGUUGUCCACAAGGCACCGCAGAAGGCUUGUCGGCUGUAUUUGUUCAGGAAUAAUGGAACCAAAUCCAGAGCAAAUGUCUGGCACCGAUGAAUAUCGUCUGCUUCGAGCUUAUUGCAACAAAAGAAAAAAGUCAAGAUCAGGCCCGAGUUCAAAGUCAACAGCCCAGCACAUGAGUGUUGCGUGUUUUGCAAGUAUCAAGAGAAGCGAAAUUCCUCUUCCUACAGAUGGUAUUGACAUUGUGGCUGAUAAACUGACACAGAUUGCUGACCACGUUCCACUGGUUAGGGAAUACAUUGAGGAGGAUUCAUCGGAUUGCGACGAUAUUAUCUUCAAGCUUGUUGACAUACUGAAAGAGUCUGGAGACCGACUGAAUGAAGAGAUCGAGAAGGACCGCAUUCUCGUGAAGACGCUGCAGCAGUCUUUCACGUACAGCUUUUUUAAGAAAUUGACUACAGCGUUUAUUGAGAGCGUGACAGUAGUCAGGGGCCCGGGAAAGGAAAGCAGUGAGAAGGAGACCGAGAUCGCCAUGACCUGCGAGGUCACCAGCAGGCUCACGGCCUUGGACCUCCAGCCCAUGAACCGGGCCAUGGGAUUUGGAGCGGCGUAUCUGAAGGAACACUACUCAGUAUGGGCCAAGAAUCAGGGCGGCUGGGAAAAUGUACUCGCUAGUGAAGAUGAAGUGGAAUGAGAAAAAUCAUCUCAUCUGAAAGUUUAAAGCAUCUCUGGCAUUUAUGUCAUCUUUUCCUCCAGAUCACCUCAAAAUCUGUUUGACUGCCUCUGGAGCGGGAUCACUAAAAAAAAAAAAAGCCAUCUGUUCUGUGGAAUGGUUUUUGUUUUUUUUUUUUUAAUUUUGUUUUUCAAAAAUUCUUCCACUGCCGGUGGCUUUAAGCAUAGGAUGGUUGAAAGGACCAGCCAGAUUUGAACUUUGAACUGUGCUAUUUCUCUCUUUCUCUCUCUCUUUUUAAUGCAUUGCAUAUUUUUACAUUUUGUGAAAUAAUGCAUUCCUUGUAAUCACAUUAUUGUGAUCUGAUCAGUAAAAUCUAAAUAAUGGUAGUUUUGUGUUGGAGAAAAGAAGGCAAGUAUGGCCUUGGAAAAAAAAAAAGGAACUUUACUAGCCAUAAGUAGGCCACGUAUGUCUGCACCUGGUCACCCAGGGGAAAACAAUGACACAAAAAGAAUCCAAUCAGUUGUAGCACAUUCAGUUUUUAAUAUACUGCUUAGCAUUAUGUAUGAAAUAUACCUCCAUCAUAUCUCAUGAAUCACCCUACACACAGUUAAAUCAUGUUUUACGGUUUGCAGCAGAAUUGACCAAUUUGUUGACUGUAUCAAACAUACAACCUUUGUUUUGUCGUGUGUUCUGUAUAGUGUCAUCCACAUGUAGCCUCUUAAGCUAGCUGCUAACGGCAUCAUUGUAAGUGAAUGACAUACAUGCAAUCACCUUUUAACACUGGUGGGAAGCAAAGAAGGUUAAAGGUCAAGGGAGACACAGAGCCAUGAUCACAAAGAGGCAGAAGACAAAUGUUAUGACAAACGGUGCCUAGAACUUUGAAAUCUCCUCUCAUUGUAUGCCAUGGUCUUAUCAUCAUUGCAAUAUCUUUUUUCCCAUUGUCAGUCCUUUAUGUAAUAUGUGACAUCUCCAUGGCAAAACAGCUCAUGACAGCUAGGGAUUAAUGAAAUUCCUAUGGAUCUGACACUCACUCGGAUCAAAAGACUGAAUAAUUAUUCCGGGUUUCAGAAGGAAGAAUGGAUCAGUUUCCAUGACAUAGCCAAUAGUCAGUUAUGUAGUCAUAGCUUUCAUCUUAGGAUGUAUCAGCACUGCACAGUUACAAAGCCUUGCGUUCAGGAUUGAUUUGCCAUGGUUAUUCAUUUAAAUGACACUGUGGGGUUCUAGAUUCCGAGAUAUCUAUUCAUUUUGCCCAGAGCAUCACAGACUGUUGUGAGGUCACUCCGCAAGUCUUGCACCACGUUUUCAAUGCUCCUGGUGUCCUUAAGUAGGUCAAUGCUCUGGGUAUAGGGAUUGUAGUAGACAGAGAAAGGUCUCUUUAUGGUUUUGGCAAACUCCCUAUGGAAAGACGUCAUACCGUUAACAAAGUACUUGUGUUUUAUUUAGUAAUGUUAUUAAGAGCAUUACAACAGAACUGUAUCCAUGUGUCUUGCACAUACAUUGUUGUAAAUCUUGAAUGAUUUGACUUGCAUUACCUCAUCUUUUCCUUGGCUUCCUCAAAACUCUCCGAGACAAAAUACACCUCUUGGAAAGUAGUGAUGAGGCACUCCUGGAAGCAGGUUGUCUUGGGGUCGAACGUUUUCACUGCGGCUUUGUCUGACAGUGCAUGCUGUGGAAGAUAAAGGAACUCAUUCAGAAUUUACACGUCCAAUCACAUGGAGUUAGAGUCAGACAGUUGUAACUUAAGCUAUUUGUUAAAAGCCAUACAUUCCUGUUUACAUCUGUGGCAUUGUCUGAUGAGGAAGACCGCUGUUGAGUGAUAUGAAGCCAAGCU